CUGCCGCGGCCGCCGCAGCCGCGCCGCCGCCCCUCUUUCCCUCCACUUAUGGAAGAGAUGGAAGAGGAGCUGAAAUGCCCGGUGUGCGGCUCCUUUUACCGGGAGCCCAUCAUCCUGCCCUGCUCGCACAACCUGUGCCAGGCGGGGGGCCGCCGCGCCUCGGGCUCGGCCGUCUCCGACUAUGACUACCUGGACCUGGACAAGAUGAGCCUGUACAGCGAGGCGGACAGCGGCUACGGCUCCUACGGGGGCUUCGCCAGCGCUCCCACCACGCCGUGCCAGAAGUCGCCGAACGGGGUGCGCGUGUUCCCGCCGGCCGCGCCGCCUCCCCCGGCCGCGCUGGCGCCGCCGCCGGGGAUGUGCGAGCAGUGCGACGUCUUCUACUGCGACCCGUGCCGCCUGCGCUGCCACCCGCCGCGGGGACCGCUGGCCAAGCACCGCCUGGUGCCGCCGGCCCAGGGCCGCGUCAGCCGCCGCCUCAGCCCCCGCAAGAUCUCCACCUGCACCGACCACGAGCUGGAGAACCACAGCAUGUACUGCGUACAGUGCAAGAGCCCCGUCUGCUACCAGUGCCUGGAGGAGGGCAAGCACUCCAGCCACGAGGUCAAGGCGCUGGGAGCCAUGUGGAAGCUGCACAAGAGCCAGCUGUCCCAGGCCCUGAAUGGUUUGUCAGACAGAGCCAAGGAGGCGAAGGAAUUCCUGGUCCAGCUCCGCAACAUGGUGCAGCAAAUCCAGGAGAACAGUGUGGAGUUUGAGGCCUGCCUGGUGGCCCAGUGUGACGCCCUCAUCGAUGCCCUCAACAGGAGGAAAGCCCAGCUGCUGUCCCGGGUCAACAAGGAGCACGAGCACAAGCUGAAGGUGGUGAGGGACCAGAUCUCUCACUGCACGGUGAAGCUGCGCCAGACCACGGGGCUGAUGGAAUAUUGCCUGGAGGUCAUCAAGGAGAACGACCCCAGCGGCUUCCUGCAGAUCUCAGAUGCUCUCAUCAGGAGGGUGCACCUGACCGAGGAUCAGUGGGGGAAGGGGACCCUGACCCCCCGGAUGACCACGGACUUCGACCUGAACCUGGACAACGCCCCCCUGCUGCAGUCCAUCCACCAGCUGGACUUUGUGCAGAUGAAAGUCUCCUCCCCAGUGCCGGCCCCACCCAUCCUGCAGCUGGAGGAGUGCUGCACCCGCAACAACAGUGCCACCCUGUCCUGGAAGCAGCCCCCUCUGUCCACGGUGCAGGUGGAAGGAUACAUCCUGGAGCUGGACGAUGGCAACGGUGGCCAGUUCAGGGAGGUGUAUGUGGGCAAGGAGACCAUGUGCACGGUGGAUGGGCUGCACUUCAACAGCACCUACAGCGCCCGGGUCAAGGCUUUCAACAAGUCAGGAGUCAGCCCCUACAGCAAGACCCUGGUCCUGCAGACCUCAGAGGACACGCAGUCAGAAGAACAGACCCUCCCUUUUCCAGUGCCUUUGGAAAGAUCGCAGCUUCGUAGAAUGAGUCCUUUCUCCUCCACCCUUAAUCUACAACCCAGCUUCUCGGGGAGAUCCUACUUUGAGCUAAGAUCUUCGGCCCACCAGCUGAGCUUGCAUUCCUCCUUACAGUCCCUGAAUUCAGCCGGAUGCAAUUUUGACACACAAGGAUCGCCUUACUCCCAAUUAGUUGACAUUAAAAAAAUGGUGGCAGUCGCUUGGUUUUCUUUCGACCCCUCCUCCGCCCACGCCGACAUCAUCUUUUCCAACGACAACCUGACCGUCACCUGCAACAGCUACGACGACAGGGUGGUGCUGGGCAAGACGGGCUUCUCCAAAGGGCUGCACUACUGGGAGCUGUCCAUCGACCGCUACGACAACCACCCCGACCCGGCCUUCGGCGUGGCGCGCCUCGACGUGCUCAAGGACGCCAUGCUGGGCAAGGACGACAAGGCCUGGGCCAUGUACGUGGACAACAACCGCAGCUGGUUCAUGCACAACAACUCCCACACCAACAGAACCGAGGGUGGGAUCACCAAGGGCGCCACGGUGGGCGUGCUGCUGGAUCUGACCAGGAGGACUCUGACAUUCUCCAUCAACGAGGACCAGCAGGGGCCCGUGGCCUUCGAGAACCUGGAGGGGCUGUUCUUCCCCGCGGUCAGCCUCAACAGGAACGUGCAGGUGACGCUGCACACCGGGCUGCCCGUGCCCGAGUUCUACGCCUCGCGCUCGGCCAUGCCCUGAGGACGCUCCCGGAGCCGGCUGCCUCUUCUGGGAUGAGAGGAGCCAGCCAUUCCCUCCUGCAGGACGAGGCCAGCCUGCCCAGCUGCUGGGCCACCAGAUCCCUGCUGGGCCACCAGAUCCCUGCUCAGCCUCUGGCUGGAGAAGCAGAUGAGGAAGGAAGAUCCCGGCUUUCGGCCGCUCCGCUCUCCGGCCUCCGCGCUGUCCUGUGUGUGUGCGCUUUGCUCUUUAGCUCUCUUUGGCUGAUGAAGUACCUAGGUAGCCUGAGCUGUUCUCCUGUGUCUGCUUUUAGGUUUGGUUUUCCUGAUUUCAUUUGGGGUUUUUGGGGAUGGGACAGUUCCGUGUCGCUCUCCCCUCCCGCGGGGCCAGCGGAGGGACCCCAGCACGGGAACGCUUCGCCCACGCCAGCCUGGUUACUUUGCAGGAUUCUUUCUUUCCCCUGUGGCCUUUCUUGCAGAGCACCCUCGGUCAUGUGUAGAGGUGGGUCCUGGAUUACCAGUCAGUCUCCAUGUCCUGACCAGAACACCCCACUGUGUCCCCUGUCCCCCAGGAGCGUCUGUGCGGGGCAGGGGGUGGCCAUCCUGUCCCCAGGUGCUCUGGGUGCUGGCAGACCCUUGGUCGGGUGCUGAAUGCCCAGGGGGGGCUCUCACCCCCCUAACCCCAACCUAAACCCACACCUCGGUGCCAGCACAUGCGCCACAGCCAUAGACCAGAGAGCCCUCCCCUGGCUCUUUGGAGAUUAGUGUUUAUUUUUUUAUAGUUGCCAUAUAAAGCCUAGCCUUAAAUUCAACUGAUAGUGUCCUUCCAAUCACCGGAGAAUCCAUUCUGCAGUGAGGGUCUGACAGAGAGCCCGGGGGUGGGGAUGGGGUGGGGGAGGAAGGAGAGCUGGCCACAGCCCUGCCACGCACUCAGGAAUCCGCAGCAGUUCCCGUCAGCCUCCAUCCCCUGCUUGACUUUCUGGUAAUUCAGAGGCAGGAGAGGAACGGUGCCAGCCCCGUGGCCGAGCCCAGAGCUCCUGCACGGCCCCUGCGGAGCCGGGACGGGCAGCGGGAUCGCUCCCAGCUCCGGGCGGGACGCGACGGCAGCGCCGGCCCGGCAGAAAGACAAGUG